UGUGUGUGAGUGAGUGUGUGUGUCUGGCAGCAGCAGCAGCAGCAGCAUCUUGUCAUCUGUGCGUAAAAGAGCGAGGAAAAGGGAAAGUAAAUAACAACGCUUGAGUUUAAUGGACCGUUAAAACAGCCUGGAUUUACAUCUCGGGGAGAAUUUGGUUCACAUCGUUCAGUCGCUGGAAAACCUGCUCGUUCCUGUUGAACACAUUUCACACUUGGGGACAUCCAGAGUUGUCCAGAUGUUAAUCCACACCUAUUCGGCUAUGGACCGCGCAGACGGACUUAGCGGCUCUUCGCCGAGUGGGCGCCUCUCCCAGCUCUCCUCCCUGAACCAGGCCGCCUACUCCUCGGCUCCCCCGCUCUGCCACACCCCGGCCUCUGACUUCCAGCCUCCGUACUUCCCUCCCCCCUAUUCCCAGUCCUCCCUGCCAUACUCUCAGAGCCAGGAGUCGGCGUAUUCCCACCUGUCAGACCCCUACACCUCCAUCAACUCGCUCCACCAGCACCAGCAAGCCGCUUGGCAUUCGCAGAGGUCGCGCUCCGACGAUGGGGGGCUCCUGUCACAGUCUCACCGGGCGCUCAGCCUCGACCACCGGCGGGAUUACGCAGCCGUGCCCCGACUGCUCCACGGUCUCGGGGAAGGGGCGGCCGCGCUUGGGGACGGUCCUCUCGGGAUGCACCUGGGACAUCACGGCCUGGACGAUCUGCAGGGAAUGGAGGAAGGAUCAGCCCUGGGCAUCCUCGACCACUCUGUCAUUAAAAAAGUUCCCAUGCCACACAAGCUGAACGGCUCGUCCCUCUCGGUCCUCUCCAUGGGGAAGGACGGCCUCGGGGUCGGGCUGGUGUCCAACCCGGCCGAGGUCUUCUGCUCGGUGCCCGGUCGCCUGUCGCUGCUCAGCUCCACCUCCAAGUACAAGGUGACGGUCGGGGAGGUGCAGCGGCGCCUCUCCCCGCCCGAGUGCCUCAACGCCUCCCUGCUGGGUGGAGUCCUCCGCAGGGCUAAGUCAAAGAAUGGUGGCCGCUGUCUGAGAGAGCGUCUGGAGAAGAUUGGCCUCAACCUGCCCGCCGGGCGACGCAAGGCAGCCAACGUCACUCUGCUAACAUCUCUAGUGGAGGGUGAGGCCGUCCAUCUGGCGCGGGACUUCGGCUACGUGUGUGAGACAGAGUUUCCAGCCAGAGCCACAGCUGAGUAUCUGUGCAGGCAGAGUGAACCCGAGCAGCUCCCAACACGGCGCAGCAUGCUCCUCGCCACCAAGGAGGUCUGUAAGGAGUUCGUGGACCUCAUGUCCCAGGACCGCUCCCCGCUGGGCGGCAGCCGACCCAACCCGUGCCUGGAGCCCGGCGUCCAGGGAAGCCUCACCCACUUCAGCCUGCUCACCCACGGCUUCGGAGCCCCCGCCAUCUGCGCCGCGCUGUCCGCCUUCCAGAGCUACCUGAUGGAGGCCAUCAAAAUGCUGGACAAGGGGGAGGGCGGCGGGAAGAGCCACCACGACAAGGAGAUGAAGCACCGCAAAUAGAGAGCGCCGGUGGGGGGGGAGGGUGUGAACCGAUGUGCGGUUACAUGGACGGAAGGAUGGAGAGGCAGAAAGGAAGAGAAAAGAGGGAGGGGAAGACGGACUCGUGGCCCCUCUGCGUCUUGACCUUUGCCCUCAGGAUGAAAACUGAGACUUUUACCUCCCAGAAGCCCCGGCGGUCCCUCUCAUCAAGGAGGGGGGGGGGGGCUUGAACGAUGAUGAUAUCUGUACUGUAAUAUGUGUCAGCAGCCACCUCACUCAAACUGACGCAUGGACCUCUCUUCUUCAGUAGCUGGUUUGUGUCACGAUGGCGUCUGCGAAACAUCUGGAGGAGUUCCAACAUCUGGCAGAAAGGUUCCAGUGGUUUCUACCCCCUUUUUUUUUAUUUACUUAGGUCACCUUGAAUACGUCAAUUUCACCUGUGUUUUAGGAGCCCCUGCCUCCAUCACACAAACACACAGACACACACAGACACACACAGACACACACACUUCGACAUUUCUCUGGACUGAACUCAUCUUGGGAAACAUCCUGAGCCAUAUCCUGGAGAACCACCCCGCUCUUCGCUCCUCUGCAGCCGUGGGAGGAUUUUAACUCCACCUGAUUGGACGAGCGUAGCUUCCAUAUGUAGUUGUUCUUAGUGGGUGGUCAUGGGAAAUUGAGUACUCUGGGUUCUCUGGCAG